AUGUCGACUUCAAAGCUGCUGAUCAACAGUGAGAAGGGCCAUGUGCCCGCCUCGCAACGCAUCCCGCCUAUCGCUCUGCCCUACGUCAGUGAGCGGGCGAAGAAGACCCUCGACAUUGUCGAGAAGUUCGUCGAAGAAGAAUGCAUCCCGGCCGACUCGGUGUACCACCAGCAGAUCGGCAACACGCCGCAGGAGCGCUUCUCGGCGCACCCGGCGAUCGUGGAGGAGCUGAAGAAGAAGGCGCAGGCGCUGGGCCUGUGGAACAUGUUCCUGCCCAAGGGCCACUUCAAGGAGGGCGCCGGCUUCUCGAACCUCGAGUACGGCCUGAUGGCCGAACUGCUGGGCAAGUCACGCACCGCCUCCGAGGCCACCAACUGCGCCGCCCCGGACACGGGCAACAUGGAGGUGCUGGCCAAGUACGGCAACGAGGCCCAGAAGCGCCGCUGGCUCGACCCGCUGCUGGCGGGUAAGAUCAGGAGCGCUUUCCUCAUGACGGAGCCGCAGGUUGCUAGCUCGGAUGCUACGAAUAUCGAGCUGAACAUGCGGUUGGAGGGUGAUACUUGGGUGCUCAAUGGACAGAAAUGGUGGUCCUCCGGCGCCGGCGACCCGCGCUGCGCCAUCUACGUCGUGAUGGGCAAGUCGGACCCGCACAACGCGGACCCGUACAAGCAGCAAUCCGUCAUCCUCGUCCCGGCCGACACGCCGGGCAUCACGGUGCACCGCAUGCUGUCGGUCAUGGGCUUCGACGACGCGCCGCACGGCCACGGCCACAUCACCUUCUCCAACGUGCGCGUCCCCGCCGCCAACAUGGUCCUCGGGCCCGGUCGCGGCUUCGAGAUCAUCCAGGGCCGCCUGGGCCCCGGCCGCAUCCACCACGCCAUGCGCUCCAUCGGCGCCGCCGAGCGCGCCCUCGAGUACUUCCUCGCGCGCCUGAACGACCCGCGCAAGCGGCCCUUCGGCCAGCUGCUGUCGUCGCACGGCGUCAUGCUGGAUCGCGUGGCGCGGUCGCGCAUCGAGAUCGAUGCGGCCCGCCUGAUGGUGCUGAAUGCGGCCAUCCGCAUGGAUCUGCAGGGCGCGAAGGCGGCGCUGAAGGAGAUUGCUGAGGCCAAGGUGCUCGUGCCGACGAUGGCGCUGACCGUCAUCGAUCGCGCUAUGCAGGCUUUCGGUGGUGCCGGCGUGUGCCAGGACACGCCGCUUGCGAGCAUGUAUGCGAAUGGCCGCACCAUGCGUAUCGUUGAUGGGCCGGAUGAGGUGCACAUUCUGCAGCUCGGGAGGAAUGAGAAUAAGCGCGGUAAGCCGCUGGGUGAGCGCAUUGCGGCGCAGGAUGCGAAGGCGGAUGAGUUGUUCAAGCAGGCUGGGAUGACCAGGAUUGAUCCGUUGAGCUUGGAGAGGAGUACUGGCAAGGCAAAGUUGUAA